AUGGCUUCAAAUCUGUUUGCCUCUUCCUCGUUGUUCUCAGUUCUAACAACACUAUUUCUUGUGUCUGUUUUCAGUCCUGAUUGGGUGGAGAUCCUGGAGCCACGCUCUCGAGAGCACAUGUACCUGAACCUGGCCACCAGCGAAUGCGGCUGGAACCCUCCUUUGGGCACCGCCAUUCGUCAGGCCGAUGGUAACCAGUGGUGGGAGCUGUUUGACCCCCAGAGUGGCCGCUUCUACUACUACAAUUCCGUGGAACGGCGGACUAUCUGGCACCGACCCCAGGGGGGUGACAUAGUGCCCCUGUCUCAGCUACAGGCUAUGAAGCACUGUUCUGAGGCCAAGCGGGCCGGGGAGAGCAGAGAGAGGCACCAUGGGGCGGAGAGUACAGGCAGCCAGGGACGCCGCAUCCCUCUUCCAGAGCACCAUGGGGCAGGGAGCCUGGGGAGUACAGGCAGCCAGGGAUGCCGCACCCCUCUUCCAGAGCACCAUGGGGCAGGGAGCCUGGGGAGUACAGGCAGCCAGGGAUGCCGCAUCCCUCUUCCAGAGCACCAUGGGGCAGGGAGCCUGGGGAGUACAGGCAGCCAGGGAUGCCGCACCCCUCUUCCAGAGCACCAUGGGGCAGGGAGCCUGGGGAGUACAGGCAGCCAGGGAUGCCGCACCCCUCUUCCAGAGCACCAUGGGGCAGGGAGCCUGGGGAGUACAGGCAGCCAGGGACGUCGCAUCCCUCUUACAGAGCACCAUGGGGCAGGGAGCCUGGGGAGUACAGGCAGCCAGGGAUGCCGCACCCCUCUUCCAGAGCACCAUGGGGCAGGGAGCCUGGGGAGUACAGGGAGCCAAGGAUGCCGCACCCCUCUUCCAGAGCACCAUGGGGCAGGGAGCCUGGGGAGUACAGGCAGCCAGGGAUGCCGCACCCCUCUUCCAGAGCACCAUGGGGCAGGGAUCCUGGGGAGUACAGGCAGCCAGGGAUGCCGCACCCCUCUUCCAGAGCACCAUGGGGCAGGGAGCCUGGGGAGUACAGGCAGCCAGGGACGUCGCAUCCCUCUUACAGAGCACCAUGGGGCAGGGAGCCUGGGGAGUACAGGCAGCCAGGGACGUCGCAUCCCUCUUACAGAGCACCAUGGGGCAGGGAGCCUGGGGAGUACAGGCAGCCAGGGAUGCCGCACCCCUCUUCCAGAGCACCAUGGGGCAGGGAGCCUGGGGAGUACAGGCAGCCAGGGAUGCCGCACCCCUCUUCCAGAGCACCAUGGGGCAGGGAGCCUGUGGAGUACAGGCAGCCAGGGAUGCCGCACCCCUCUUCCAGAGCACCAUGGGGCAGGGAGCCUGGGGAGUACAGGCAGCCAGGGAUGCCGCACCCCUCUUUCAGAGCACCAUGGGGCAGGGAGCCUGGGGAGUACAGGGAGCCAGGGAUGCCGCACCCCUCUUCCAGAGCACCAUGGGGCAGGGAGCCUGGGGAGUACAGGCAGCCAGGGAUGCCGCACCCCUCUUCCAGAGCACCAUGGGGCAGGGAGCCUGGGGCGCCGCACUUCUCUCCCAGAGCAGGAGAACUCCGUCCCCAAAACCCCUGAGACCCACAGCGAGAGUGAGACCACGGACAUAGGACCAGCUCAGGGAGGCAGCAGCUCGGAUGGAACCAAGGAGUCAUUGAACUCCCCAGUGACUCCUGUCCUGAGCCUUAGGAGGAAGCGUGUGACGCAGGAGCUCUCUCAGAGAUGGCAGCCUUCCCCAGUGUCUAAGGCAGCCAUAUUGGUAAAUGUGAACAGUGUCAGUCGGAUCCAGCCUGGAGGCCCAUCUAGCCCGGCCCUGCAACUCCGUCACCAUAACACACACACCAAGCCCAGUGGCCACCAGACCUUCACCCUCCUCCCCGUCAGCAGCAAGCCCCUGUGGGCACACGCCUGCUUUGCCCAGGGCUACAAGACCGCUCCCUCUGGCAAGAUGGCCGCCGAUGCCCACCACCUAAGGAAGACGGGCAACGGAAGCUUCUAUCUGGUGUCCUCUGACCCUCCCCAAACCCCAGGCAAUCUCAGGUCCCAACUCAGCACCCCCAGGUCAGUGUCACCCCAGUAUGCCUCCACACUUCCCCUCUACGAUGACGCGGGAUCACAGUGUCCCAUCUAUGAUGAGCCUCCUGCGGACAUGGAGGUGGAGGGGGCUAACCUCCAUAAUGGGCCUGGUGGUCUGUCCCGCCUCACCCCCACACACAGCCUGCAGAAGCUCAGGCUCCUCCAGCAACCUGGCUCCUCUCACUCAAUCUCUAGGCACAAGAGGAACCCCUCUGACUACAGUCCUGCUGGCCUGGAGGGCAUCAGGCACAUGGUCAAUGUGGACCCCAAACAGGCCCUUCUGUCCACCUCCCCUGGCCUCAACCGCACCCCCACCCCACAACCGGACCCCCUCUUGGCCCAGCCCCAGAGGGAGUCAGGGACCCCAGUGAUGCCAGGUAUCCUGGAGAAGAAGCAGACAUGGCGGGCCCUGGAGGCCAGUGUGUUGAGGGCAAUGGAGGCUCGCCACAACAGGCAGAGCAGCCAGGACUUCCCCACACCUCCAGGGCCCCGGACCACCACCACCUACCAGGACUCUGGCUACUCCACUGGGCCCUCACCCAGCCUGAGGAGGAAGAGCCGGCGGAGGUUGGGGGCCGGAGGGAGACCAGGCUCAGUGGGAAGCAGCGGGGACCUGUGUGCCCUCAACGAGAGGCUGAUGGUGGAGAUGAGGGAGGUGGUGAGCCGCUCCAACACCAUGAGGGAGAUGAAGGCUGGAGGCCUGGCAACGCGAGAAGACGUCCCCUCCGCCAGCCGUUUGCUGAGCAGGGUAGGUAAUCAUAGCAUCCCGGCCCUGGCGCCGCUGGAGAUGCCAGGAAGGCAGAAGAGGACCUAUGAGAAGGUAGACAGCCUGGAGAAGAGCAUCACAAGCCAAGCCAGCCUCUCCUCACCAGACACCCCCGGACCUCCCUCACAGGCGGGAACCCUGGAACUGAAGGCUCAGUUGGACAGCAGGAAGAAAGGUACGGUAGAUGGGCCAACAGGCUCACUGGGCCCCUACCACCAACGCUCCAUCUCCCAUGACAACAGAGAGGGAGGAGGAAUAGGAGGCUCCUACCACCAGCUCUCUUACGCCACACUGUGCCAGCCCCCGACCACAGACACCUCAGGCAUGGUGGACUGGGCCAGCAAGCACCUGAACAUGCACACCCAGGGCCUGUUCCGCCGCCGUGUCUCCAUCGCCAACAUGCUCUCCUGGAACCGCGGCUCCAUCAAGAAGCCCAUGCUGGUGACCAGCGACCGCGCUGUGAGGAAGGAGGCCUGUGAGAUGUUCAAGCUGGUCCAGGCCUACAUGGGAGACAGACCCUCCCGCCUAGACCGCCGCCACACUGCCCUGCUCAUCAUCACUAAGUGCUGGGGCACGCAGGGCCUGAGGGACGAGCUGUAUGUGCAGCUGGUGAGGCAGACCACGGGCAACACCAGCCCAAGGAGCCUGGCUGCAGGCUGGGAGCUGAUGGCCAUCAGCCUGGCCUUCUUUGCCCCCUCACCCAAGUUCCGCUGCUACCUGGAGGGAUACAUCCAGAGGCACUCGGAUCCGAGCAGCGACAAGAAACAGGUGACUCAGUUCAUACUAGAGCAGCAAGAAAUGAAACUGAAGAAGAACUCAAAGUCCAGAAAGAAACGGAAACAGAACACAGAUGAAGAAGGUCUACCUAUCAGCUCGUACGCAAAGUUCUGCUAUCGCAAACUACAGAAAGUGGCCAUAACUGGAGGCAAAAAGGGUCUUCGUAAGCCCACUCUGGAGGAGAUUGACCACAGCAGACGGGCCAUCGUCACCCCCUCCCUGUUCGGCAGCUCCCUGGACGAGGUGAUGGAGCGCCAGAGUGAACUCUUCCCAGACAGGAAGCUACCCUGGGUACAGGUGCAGCUCUCCCAAUACGUCCUGGCACUGGGAGGGGCCCAGACCGAGGGCAUCUUCAGGGUGCCAGGAGAUAUCGAUGAAGUCAACGCACUUAAGCUUCAGGUCGACCAAUGGAGGAUCCCAGAAAACCUCUCAGACCCCAACGUACCUGCCUCCCUUAUGAAGCUUUGGUAUCGUGAGUUGGAGGAGCCUCUCAUCCCCAUGGCCUUCUACAAGCAGUGUGUCAGUAACUAUGAUGACCCUGUGGCAGCUGUCAAUGUUGUCCAGUGCCUGCCUGAGCUCAACAGACUGGUGCUGUGCUACUUCAUCCACUUCCUGCAGGUGUUUGCUCAGCCUGCCAAUGUGUAUGUUACUAAGAUGGAUGUCAAUAACCUUGCCAUGGUGAUGGCCCCAAACUGCCUCCGCUGCCAGUCUGAUGAUCCACUAAUCAUCUUUGAGAACACACGCAAGGAGAUGUCCUUCCUGCGCAUGCUCAUCGUUCACCUGGACACCACUUUCAUUGAGGGUGUUGUAUAGACUGACUCCUGCCUUCCCUGACAUCAUAUGCCCCAUGGUUACAGAGAGAUUCACUCUGCUUUUCUGUAUGAAGCCUGCCCCACUCCAUUGACUGGUCUGAAAGCACAAAGCAGCAACACAUGCACAUGCACUGGAAAAUCAUACUAUAUGUUAUGAAUUUGUUGUGCUUAAGAUCCUGGAGUGCAUCUUUAAUACUGUCACUUGACAUUGGACCCACCCUCUGUUCUACUUUCUGGCUGCAGAACAAUACAUACUGUAUGUGCUGACUGCAGAGGAGACAUUGUGUUCUGUGAUGGAAACCCCACAAUGAUGACACUCAAAAAGACUACAAAUGACUUCACAUCAUAGGUACCGGUUUUUAUCCAGUUCGUUUUGAUGACUUUUUUUAACUGCAUGUAAAAUCUAAAUGUCAUUAUGACUGAAUGUGAAGUGCUAUUGUUUCACUGGAUAUGUGGGCUGUGCAGAAGGAGUUUCAUAUGGUUUGUAUAGGAUGGACUUUGUCAUCAGGAAACAGGGCAACUGACAAACAGACCCGGGGUCCCUGCCUUAUUUAUAUCUACAUAGAAAUCAUGUUGAUAUUUGGCCUCUUUUGUCGGACUGUGUGUGUUUUUGCAUGUGUGUGUGUGUGAUGAGGGGGAAAAUAUAUGUAAAAUGUCUCAUUGGAAAUAAGCUUGUCUGUGACGUUUUAGUAGUUGUAUUAACAAGAGCCUGCAUUAGUCUCAAUGCUAUGUUGAUGAUUUUAUCUGAAGCGGCAGAGUACCACCACAGCUAUUUUAAUAUACUGUACAGCCAGAGCCUACGUGUCAAAGUACAAACUGUAAGAAAUAAGACCAUGUGUUUUGGAGCUUAUGUAAAAUGCUUUUUUUUAGUGAUCUGUGGAGAGAAUGUUCUGCAUUAAAAACCUUCUGGUGUUAAACUGCUGAGGAAGGAGGUUGUAAAUGUAUACUGUCUGGUACAUGUAUGUGUUGUACUGUACUGUGUGUAUGGGAGAUCUAUUCAAGGCGAUAAACCAAUAUCUCAUUGAAAAGAGGCAUAAACAAAUGUAUAAAGUACUACUGUCACAUUUUCUUUGUGGUCUGUAGAUAUCUUGGCUCAGGUGUUCUGUUAAAACAGUUUUAGUGAUAACUGCUAUCUGCUUCCCAGUCUACCUGAAAGUCUGAUUUUUACGUGCUCCAAAACUAUGGAUGGGGCACUCUGGUGAUGUAGAUAAGACUGUCCCUGGAGGCUUUGCUAAUGUAAAUAAUGCUUGUAAAUAGUAAGAUCUAUGGGUGUAUUUUUAUUUUAUUUUAAAUGAUCCAGGGUAAAGGUGAAUAUUCCUGUUGCGAUAGAGAAAAAAAACAGGUGUUUUUGUUGGUUUUUUAAUUACUGUUCAUUUCCUUGCUGUAAACUUGCCUUUGAAAAUAGUACUGAUUCAACCACUCGUGUGUGCGUUUAUUAUGUGAA